AUGUAUUACGCAGCGGUCAUAUUUCUAUCAUUAGGGUACUUAAAUUUUUGUUAUGCGAAUUUGGAGGGACCGUUCUUGUUUUUUGGGCCAAAGUCCCUUGAGCAGUACAAGCGGACAGCCCUGAAAUAUCUCGAUCAAGAUGAACUGAUGAAGAUAUAUGGAGAGCAGGCGGCUAUCGUGGUAUUCAACAACCAGGACUCGGUGCCUUUGUCCAGCGGGUACUUUCCAAGGCUGAGGAAAAUGUUGGAGGGUCACACUAUGCUGGUCCUGCCACAAGACUUUCUGGACGUUCAUCCUGAUUAUGUUAGCAAUGAGACCCAGGUACUGACGCUACAAGGACCUUGGUCAGAACGAGAUGCGCAGAUGACGGAGACUUUCGCUCGACUCCAGGAUAUAUACGGUCCUGGAAAUGUGCUGGGAGUUUUGGGUAACUCGGUGUCACAAAGUCAGCAAGCAGACUACGUGGAUGGGGAAUGGACACGCGUCAAACGCGAAGCUACAGAUGAACCAACUACUUCACAGAUGUCACCUACAGCUGACGAAGAGAAACCUACAAAAGCGUUGCUUAAAUAUGCCCUUUAUAAUGCUACGGGACCACCAGGUAAAGCUGCGUUGUUGUACUCCUCUGGCUGGCCCGAACUCCAGCUGCCGGACGGUACAGUCACCAUACUGGACACGCCUAUUGGGGAACCUACUGUCAAGCCAACAAGGCUGUACACAAUACUAGUUGUACGCUUCGCUGAUGGUGAAAACACAAGAGAUAAGAUCACUGUGGAGUUCAGCUUCAAACAGUCGGCGGGGUGGUGGGCGGCCGCGGGGGCGGAGGUGCGGCGCGGGCGUGGGGAGGGGGUGUGGCUGCUGGCGCCUGCACUCGCCGCACCUGCCGCUGUGCUCGGUCGCGCCUACCACUGUUCGCAGCCGCUCGUCUACUCUUCCGACAACGCGACGCUCACCUUCCCCGAUAUAAAGAUGCAACCUUUCAUGGAGAACACGCAAAAGUUUGCUGACGCGUUCGAUUGCAUCGGUUUCACAACGGUGCCGAUCUGGUCCGGACUCAUGGUGUCGUUUAUCAUGCUGAUCGGUCUUGCGGUCUCAAUUUCAAUGAUCAUGGAUAUCAAGACCAUGGACCGCUUCGAGACCAGCAGGAGCAAGCAAUUGACCAUCACUGUCAGCGAAUGA